UCUCCUCCAACUUCCGGGUCCGGGGGCUCUGAUCCGGCGCCCAAAUCGCGCGCGCGGGUCCUAGGCCGGCCCUUAUCGCCCCUUGCGUGCUCCGGCGCGGACUUCUCUCUGAUCUCUCGGAAAGAUCACCCAUAUUAUCCUCGUCAUACAUUCACAAGCUUGCUAGAAAGAUUUCCUAUACAUUCAUUUAAGUAUGAAGCCUGAUCGGUUAAUCUUCGCCAAUCUUGGUCACGGUGGGGUGUGCAUGCACAAGUUCCCGCCAGAGUUUCCGAUGUCUCAUGAUCUUGGGUUGACCAUGGUCACGCAUCUCGGAAGAUUGUUGGGGAGUUCCUUGAAGCAUCGCAGGCAGAUCUGCUCUUCAGGAAACGUCAAGGUUAAGGAAGCAUUCAUCUGCCUCAGGAAGGUCGCCAGAGCUUUCUGCUUCUGGUUUUCCAGAGCGUAUGGUCCAAAGAGUUUCUCGCAUAUAAAGCAAGUGACCUCCCACAUGCACAAUUUGGUCAGAUUGCAGUUUGGUUCUCUGAAAGAAGAACAUGCUGUACAAAUGUUCUUAGCUAGGCUUGCACAGGCAACACUUGGACGACUCUGGAAUGAUAUUGAGCAGAAGCAUGCCAGCAAUCUUCUUACCAUAGCUGGUUUUGCUACUAUCGUGCCGCCAUUUGAAAAUAUAUCUCCAAAGAUGCUUGCAGAGUCCAUGGCGUUUGGAAAUAUUGAUGGUUAUUUUAACAGGCCGGCAGAUCAGCCUUGUUUGGACGGGAAACGCCUAAGUUGUUGUGCUGUUGCUGUGCCAAGCACGAUCUUUCAAGAAGAUGCAGUUGAGCCAAAAACUGGAAUCAAGUUCCCUGCAUUUCUCGAAGAUGAGGCCUCUCCAGCUACAGCGGUCCUUGUUGGAGUGGGUUUCAAAGGCAUGAAAAUAAUGAGAGUCAAAAAUUUGAACCUGUAUGCUUUUGGUUUAUAUAUGCAACCACAAUCUAUUUGUGAGAAGCUGGGUCCUAAGUAUGCUUCAGUUCCAACCACCAAAUUGAAGGAUGAUCCAGAUUUCUAUAAUGAUCUUCUGAGGGAAAACCUUCAUAUCAGAGUUAGGUUGGUAGUUAACUACAAUGGCCUUAGCAUUGGUGCAGUAAGAGACGUAUUUGAGAAGUCACUUGGCUUGCGUUUGCAGAAGAUGAAUCCUAACACUGAUUAUCGUUGCUUGAAGACCUUUGGUUCUUACUUCACCGAAGAUAUUCCAAUACCUGCUGGCACAAAGAUUGACUUCUGCCAAACAUCUGAUGGCCAGCUAAUAACGGAGAUUGAUGGCAGGCAAAUCAGUGCUGUUCAGAGCAAAGACCUUUGCAGGGCUUUCUUUGACAUGUACAUCGGCGAUUCACCUGUCUCAUUAGAGGCCAAAAAAGAAGUUGCCCGGAACGUGGCUGGGCUCAUGGGUAGAUGUCUAUGAGAGAGGGCCGAUCGGAGAAAUUAUUUCAUUCUUCUAUUGCAGCAUGUGGAUAGGAAACUAGGCGAGGGCCGCUGUAUGUACAUAUGGUGAGAGAGAUCUGUAACCUGUAAAGAGGAAAGGGCGAUGUUGUAUUGUUGUAUACGCACAUGGCACAUGGGAGAUGAGCAUCUGCCUGCUGUGCAAGGGCCUCGUCCCAAUUGGAUGGGGCAUCUUGCCAUUUUGUAGAUGAGGAGUUGAGGAUGCUUCUCCCAUGAUGAAGGAAAUAUACACCCCUGCAAAUCU